GCGUUUUUGGAGUCGCGAGGGGAAAGGUGGUGGCGGCGUGCUGUUCGUGCGAGCUCGGUGGGAGCCGCAGGGGUGUGUGCGUGUAGGCGCGUGCCCGGGUGACGGGACCUGGGUGUGACUGUAGUGGACCGUUUAAAGGCGACUGUAUGUACGUGAUUGUGACUGCGUCGCUAUGUGCGUGGUAAUGUGUGUAAUAAACGUGGUGGGAGCAGCAGCUGUGGGGUCAGAAACAAAGAAUUGUGCGUUGCGUUUAGUUACAGGCAAAGUCAUUCGUGAAUGUGUGGAGAGCAGUUUCUGUGGUGGCCGGUACCUUAAUUCAAGUGGGGGUAAUGUAGGAUGGAGUAGGAGCCAGUGUAGACAAAAUAUUUCAAGAGUGGCUUUGUAAAUGGGAGCAGAGAAAUGGAGCCGCAGCUGGGAGGAAGGGGGGAGAAUUACAACCCAUCAGGGAACUGUUGAGGAUGAGCAACGAGAGUGGGGGAAGGUCCAGGAAAGGGUGAGUAAACCAGGGUCGCCUGUGUGGGUAAAACUGCAAGCCUUACAAAAGGGGGUUGUAGCUCUGCAGGGCGUGAACUGUUGAGCUCUAGAUUUCAAAAAACAAGGGGAAAUAGCCUGGUUUGUCGAUGUCAGCAACAGCGAGGUGUGGUGAGUUAUGUAUAAUCUCACGGAUGAGCUUCAAACUGGUUUUGGAGGGGAGGGAGGAAGAAAAGUCUGACUGUAAUAAGAACAAGCAGGCUACCUGCCCCAUUACCAGACCUAGUGGUCAGAGGCUGUGUGGAGGGGAACAUUGAGAGAGCUGCAGGAUCCUCUGGUUAGAGGCAGAUUUCAGGUAGACUGAUGGGGAGUGUUCAAGGAAGUGACUGAAGAUAAAAGAGGAGUUGGUGGUUAAUGAAUUAGGAAUUCCAGAAGGUGUACUGGAAAAGUGUCAAGAGUUGGCGAGAAAUGAGAAAAAGGGACAGAUGGGACCUAAUGGUGAGUACAGUGUCUGGAAAGGGAAAUGACUAGAGAUGCUGGGGCUUCUUAUACUAGAUAAACAUGAAUGCAGGUGAUAUCGACAGUCUGGUUGGAUGCAAGACACUUUUGGAGAGGUAGCGUUGACAUAGUGAAAGGUGAUUUCUUUAGUGUCUCUAAGGGAAGCUGAAGAUAAAAGCUUCAACAGUGAUUGAGGUAGGCAGAAUGAUGGCCCUGCUAAGACAUCCACUUCCUAAUCCCUGGAACUUGUGAAUAUGUUAUCUUCUGUGGCAAAAGGGACUUUGCAGAAGGUAUUAAGAACCUUUAAGUGGGGGAGAUCCAGUGAGCUCAUUAUAAUCACAUGGGUCCUUAAAGUCAGUGAAUUUUUCAUGUCUAAAGUCAGAGGGAGGUGUGACCACAGAAUAAUGGUCAGAGAGAUGCAGUGUUGCUGGCUAGAUAGAGGAUGAGGGCCAUGAGCCAAACAAUAUUGGUAGCCUCUAGAAGCUGCAAAACAUAAGGAAACAAAUUCUACCCUGCAGCCUCCAGAAAUGAACACAGCCCUCCUGAAACCUUUAUUUUAGCCUAGUGGGACCCAUCUCAGACUUCUAACCUACUGAACUGUAAGUGUCUUAGCCUCAUUGCUGUGGAGUAGGCUUGGUCCCUGUGACAUAAAGGUAGCUGGAUUCCUAUUGAAUGUUGAAGACUUCAGGAGAGGAAUCAGUGGGCCACAGAGUAUGUGAAUCAUCUUAAGGAGAUACUGUCCAUUUUCCAAAAUGGCUGAACCAGUUAGUACUCCUGUCAACAGUUUAUAUACUAAAGUGACCUAGAACCAUUUAUUGAAAAGACCAUCCUUUGUCCCAGUUCUGCUUUCCCAGCACACUGCUACAAGAAAGAGAAGAAUCCAGCAGAAGACUGGUUGACUCUUGGAAUUUUAAGUCAUGGCCCGUCAGUUGAUAAUGCUCAGGGAUGUGGCUAUAGAUUUCUCUCAGGAGGAAUGGGAGUGCCUCGACCUGAAACAGAGGGAUUUGUACAGAGAUGUGAUGUUGGAGAACUACUGCAACAUGGUCUCACUGGGACUUUGCAUUUAUCAGCCAGAUGUGUUCUCUUCACUGGAGAAAGGGAAAGAGCCUUGGAAAAUUUUGAGGGAUGAGACAGGAGGACCAAGCCCAGAUAUGCAUACCAUGUGUCAGACCAAGAAGUUAUCACAAAAAAAUGGCAUUUUUGAGAGAGAAUUAUCCCAGUGGGAAAUAAUGGAAAUUUGUAAAAACUAUAGCCUUGAACAUUUAUACGUUAGAGGUGAUUGGGAAGACAAAGUUCUGUGUGAAACACAACAGGAAAAUUGGGCAGAAUAUUGGAAGCAGGUGGUACUCACCUUUGAAAAAAUGCCCACUUUUAACCAGCACACAGCUUUUAAUCUACAUCAGAGACUUAAUAUAGGAGAGAAACCAAAUGAAUAUAAAGAAUGUGGGAAAGCCAUUAGUUCUGACUCAGACCUUACUCAACACACAGGUGAGAAAUUCUGUGAAGAUAAGGACUGUGGGAACAUCGUUCUUCUAGAUUCAGAACUUACUCAGUAUCAGACAGUUCACACUGUUAAGAAAACAUAUGAAUGUAAAGAAUGUGGGAAGGCUUUUAGUUUGCGUUCGAGUCUUACUGGUCAUAAGAGAAUCCAUACGGGUGAGAAACCUUUUAUUUGUAAGGAAUGUGGGAAGGCCUUUAGAUUUCAUUCACAACUUAGUGUCCAUAAGCGAAUUCAUACCGGUGAGAAAUCUUAUAAAUGUAAAGAAUGUGGGAAGGCUUUUGGUUGUGGCUCAGACCUUACUCGACAUCAGAGAAUUCACACUGGUGAAAAACCCUAUGAAUGUAAUGAAUGUAGAAAGGCCUUUAGUCAGCGAUCACAUCUUAUUAAACAUCAAAGAAUUCAUACUGGUGAAAAACCUUAUGAAUGUAAGGAGUGUGGGAAAGCUUUUACUCGUGGCUCACACCUAACUCAACAUCAAAGAAUUCAUACUAGUGAGAAAUCUCAUGAAUGUAAGGAAUGUGGAAAAGCCUUUAUUCGUGGUUCCAAUCUUACUCAACAUCAGAAUGUUCAUUUUGGUAGGAAACCCUAUAAAUGUGAGAAAUGUGGAAAAGCCUAUAUCUGGAGCUCACACCUUGCUCGACAUCAGCAAAUUCAUACCAGUAGGAAACCUUAUGAAUGUAAGCAAUGUGGAAAGACUUUUACUUGGGCUUCAUAUCUUGCUCAGCAUGAGAAAAUUCAUGAGAGGAAACAGUAUGAAUGUAAGGCAUGUGGAAAAACCUUUCUUCAUGGCUCAGAGUUUAAUCGGCAUCAGAAGGUUCAUACUGGUGAAAGAAAUUAUAAAUGUAAGCAAUGUGGAAAGACCUUUUUUCGUGGUUCAGAACUUAAUCGACAUGAGAAAAUUCAUACUGGAAAGAGACCAUAUGAAUGUGAAGAGUGUGGAAAAGCCUUUCUCUGGAGUUCACAACUUACUCGACAUCAGAGAAUGCAUACAGGUGAGGAACCUUAUGCAUGUGAAGAAUGUGGGAAAUCCUUUAUCUGGGGCUCACAGCUUACACGACACAGGAAAAUUCAUACUGAUGCAGAAUCCUAUGAAUGCAAGAAAAGUGACCAAAUCUUUAGUCACCAUUCCCAUUUAUAUUUUACUGAACAGAAAAUUCACAAUGGUGAGAAUUUCUAUGAAUUGACAGACUAUGGAAACACCUUUAAUCAUGACUCAAACUUUGCUAAACACCAGAAUAUUUACACUUUUGAGAAAUCCUGUGAGUAUAAAGAUUUUGAGUCAGUAUUUUCUCCAAGCUCCCACUUUAUUUCACUCUUGUGAAAUAAUAUGCUAUAAAGAUAUGCGAAAGGCUUCAUUCAUGACCCCAUCAACUGUCAUUAAUUUCUUCUCUUGAGAAACCCCACAAAUAUAAUAUUGGAAAGCCUUUU